AAACCGCACUAGUUAUCAUUGAAGUUCACGCGCCAACGACAUCACCUUAUAAAUUUACUUGUCAAGUUCUUCACUUUCACAAAGACUCUCUCAUACACAGACUCAAACUUCAUUUUCUUUUAUCUUGAGUCCAAUAAUCAGAAUCAUCAAGAAAACAUGAAUCAUUUCGAUUAUGACGAAGUUCCGAUUAUGUUUGAAGCAUGUUCGCAGCGAUCGGAUGAACCUGAGGAUUCUUCAUUCCGAAAGAACAUAUCGAGGACACCAAGUGCUUCAAUCUCUAUUUCCAUGGCUUCCUUGGAUCCAUCUGAUACUGGUCCUCUUCGUACCGUGAGGAAAACUCCGACCAAUCAAAUGAGUGGUCCACUAUAUGCAACUGGAAAUUCUUUUCAGACUAGUUUAGUAAUGGCAAGAAACAAAGUAGGAGAAAACAAGACAUAUGAUAGUGACUAUGGCAGAAGAAAUGAACACUUGUUGAUGUCUGGACAACUCGGAAUGUGUAAUGACCCUUAUUGCACUACUUGCCCAACUUACAUCAAAGUUUCUCAUCAAAGAAAACCAAGAGCUUCCAUUAUAUUUGAUCCCAAGUUCCACAAUUCUCUUUAUGGAGACGCCAAAGGUUUUGGAAGAAAACUUCUUUCUUUAUGCUCUCCGUGUAUUCCCGGGGUUAUGAACCCUCACACUAAUUUUGUACAGCAAUGGAAUAAGUUGUUGGCCAUAUUUUGCUUGGUCGCAAUUUUCGUUGAUCCAUUAUUUUUCUUCUCAAUCUAUGUGAAUGUGAACAAGAAUAAUAUAAGUAUUGAUAUCGAUUGGAAAAUGGCAAAAAUACUUGUUUUACUUAGAAGCAUAACCGAUGCUGUGUAUUUCUUGAACAUACUUCUUCAGUUUAGGUUGGCUUAUGUUUCUCCUGAGUCGACGGUGGUUGGUGCCGGAGAUUUAGUUGACCAGCCCAAGGAAAUUGCUCUUAAUUACUUGAAGCGUUAUUUUUUCUUCGACUUAUUUGUUGUUCUACCUCUUCCUCAGAUAAUAAUAUACUUUGUCCUACCAAGUUCUUUGGUGUCUUCAGAAGCAAAUUAUGCUAAGAAUCUUCUACGUCUAGCGAUCCUAAUACAGUAUAUUCCUAGAUUGUUCAGAUUUUUGCCUCUGUUAAUUGGCCAGUCUCCAACCGGAUUCAUAUUCGAGUCAGUUUGGGCAAGUUUCAUUUUAAAUCUUCUCAUUUUUAUGCUAUCUGGCCAUGUUGUUGGUGCAUGUUGGUACCUCUUCGGUCUACAGAGGGUUAACCAAUGUUUGCGAGAUAAAGGUACCUCUGAUUGUUUGGAUGCCGCAUCUGGUGCUUUUUCUUAUGGAAUCUAUGCCAAUGCUAUACCACUUUAUAUAGAAACUAGUGUUGUCAACAAAUAUGUGUAUGCACUGUUUUGGGGAUUUCAGCAAAUUAGUACUCUGGCUGGUAAUCAAGUCCCUAGCUAUUUUGAAUGGGAAGUCCUCUUUACAAUGUCCAUCAUUGGAUUGGGACUCUUGCUUUUUGCUCUUCUCAUUGGAAACAUACAGAACUUUCUUCAAGGUCUUGGACGGAGGAGGCUAGAAAUGCAACUUAGAGGCCGUGAUGUUGAGAAAUGGAUGAGCCACCGUCGUUUAUCAGAAGAACUCAAAAGGAGGGUACGGGAGGCUGAACGGUAUAGUUGGGCUGCAACAAGAGGUGUUCCUGAGAAAAUGGUUCUCGAGAAUUUGCCAGAAGAUCUUCUAAUAGACAUAAGACGCCAUCUCUUCAAUUUUGUCACGAAAGUUCGAAUAUUUUCACAUCUUGAUGAGGAAGAGCCUAUCUUAGAAGCCAUCCGCGAGAGACUAAUACAGACGACAUACCUCAAAGAAAGCAGAAUUUUGAGCCGGGGUGGUCUUGUACAGAAGAUGGUGUUUAUUGUGCGUGGAAAGUUGGAGAGCGUUGGAGAAGAUGGAAUUCCGGUUCCGUUAUCUGAAGGGGAUGCUUGUGGCGAAGAACUUCUAAGAUGGUAUCUUGAGCAAUCUUCUGAAAGCAAAGAUGGUAAAAAUAAGCUUCAAGGAGAGGGGUUGACUAGUGACAGAACAGUAAAAUGCUUAACCAACGUGGAGGCGUUUUCUCUUCGCGCUAAAGACAUUGAAGAAGUCACAACACUUUUCGCAAGUUUCUUGCGGAGCCCUCGCGUUCAAGGAGUCAUAAGGUAUGAAUCGCCUUAUUGGAGAUCACUUGCAGCAAACAGAAUUCAGGUUGCAUGGAGAUACAUGAAGAAGCGUCUACGUAACGCUAAUACGAGACAAAACGAGUAUCAAACAUUGAACUCAUAGCCUAGCUGUACUCUAAUGUAUGUAAUCUCUAGUCAUUGGAAUAUAAUAGUUGUAUGCUAAUAGGGAGUUAUGAAGUUGGUGCCAUAUAUUGAACUUACUGUAUAUAUAUAUGUAAGUAAAUCCUUAAAUUGAUCAUGAUAAAUAUAUCGACGAGUAUUUUGAUA